AUGAAUCGUCAAAAACGACAUGACGGCCAUGGCAGCCAUCGCCCCUCCCAUCCCCGCGUGCCUCCCUCGAGAUCCAUCAACCCCGGCACACCGGUCAAGAUUGUCCUCAAGUCCGACCAGCCUACAGGGCGUACAGUGUCAGGCAUAGUCAACGAAGUACUGACGCGCGGCGACCACCCGCGAGGUGUCAAAGUGCGUCUCACCGACGGGCGCGUCGGAAGGGUGCAAAGCUUAUGGAUCGGUAAUGAACCAUCAGACUCAACGCAGGAGGAGGCCAACCCAGGAGAGGGUCUACAACUAAGCAUAGAUGGAGAUGAUAUUAGUGGAAGGCGCAAUCGCUUUGCUGCGCGCGACAUGCAUCUUAAGGGCCCGUACGAGCCUCCACCGGAAGCGCUUGGGCUAGAUAUGUACAUCCGUCCUGCAAAGGGAAAGAAGCGGGCUGGCAAAAUACAGGAGCGGCAUACUUUGGACGAGGGGGAUUUUGAAGCAGCCACCGCUCCCCAAAUAACAACGGCAAGUGUGUCGUGUCCUGUCUGUGGCGCAUUCGAAGGGGAUGCAGCUGCCGUGGCGCAUCAUGUUACAGGACAUUUUGAAUAG